UGCCACGCGCGUGAUCGGAUCAGCUCAGUUAUUCAGCCAUUAGUAGUCGCGAAAAAAAGAUGCUCUUUUUAAAUUUGAUUUCACGACGGAAUAAUUAGUGACGUGUUCGGAUGUUUGAGCGGACUGUAGAAUUUUAACGGAUUUUUAUUAUUAUUAUUAUUAUUUUGAAGAGGCCGUUUUCAGCGUGUGAGGGGCGUGUGCGUGAGUUAGCAUGUUUGCUACCACUUUAGCCGAGCUUUAAACAUUCCGACGGUCGCUCGGAUUACCUUCAUUUUAAAGGUACUCGCAAUUUUAACUUGUACAUUUUGAGUAUUUGAGCGGCGUCAAACAUGUCGAGCUACAGUCGGCGUCGGCACGAAUCCCCGGCGCACAAAUCUCGGCCGAUUCGCCAAAAACUGCACUUCGCCUCCAGCGACGGCGAGGACGAGCUCGUCGAGGAGGCCAACAGCAGCACCGGAGCCGAAUCCGGCUUCACCGAGAUGGACUCUCCCGUCCCGGUGAGACUGGACGACAAGCGGCUGGAGGGCAGCAGCAGCCCGCUGGACCGGAGCGGAGGGGACGACGACGUGGAGCUGUGGGGGGAAGACGACUUUGGGUCUCCAUCCCACCUCCGUUCCCCGAACAGCGUCAUCUUCACAAACUGUUCGCCGUCUCCCAGGAAGGUUUCUCGGCUCUACCCGGGAUCACCCAAUCCGACCUACACCCAGGACGACGGGGAGGGAUCCAGCUCCCCGAUCCCAGACUGCCCCGACACACCGCCGCACAAAACCUUCAGGAAACUCCGUCUGUUCGACACCCCUCACACACCAAAGAGUUUGUUGUCAAGAGCCAGAGGUUCGAAUGCGGGGUCGUCCAGCAGGAGACUGGCCCUGUUUAAGAAUGUGGAGGAUUCAGGAAAUUCAAGCGCAGACUGCAGCAAAAGACAGCAGACUCCUCUGGUCAAUUUCAACCCCUUCACCCCAGACUCCCUCAUUAUCCAGUCUGCCACCCAGCAGAGGAACAACAGGAAGAGGGCACACUGGAAUGACUCUGGUGGAGAGGACAUGGAGGGCAGUGACGGAGAGGCAGAGGAGGAAAUUCUCCCACCAUCCAAGAGGAUAACAAUGAUGGAAAACGCCAUGAUGUCCAGGUACACAUCAGAGUUCCUUGAGCUGGAGAAAAUCGGUUGUGGGGAAUUUGGCGCCGUGUUCAAGUGUGUGAAGAGACUCGAUGGUUGCCUCUAUGCGAUCAAGAGGUCAAAGAAACCUCUGGCUGGAUCAGUCGAUGAGCAGAAUGCCUUGCGGGAGGUGUACGCCCACGCUGUGCUGGGUCAGCAUCCCCAUGUAGUACGUUACUACUCUGCCUGGGCCGAAGACGACCACAUGCUUAUUCAGAACGAGUACUGCAAUGGUGGUACGCUGUCUGACGUCAUCACGGAGAAUUACAGGCGGCUGAGCUACUUGUCGGAGCUGGAGCUGAAAGAUGUGCUGCUGCAAGUCACACGGGGGCUCAAGUACAUUCACUCAACCAACCUGGUGCACAUGGACAUCAAGCCCAGCAACAUUUUUAUCUCACGGAAGUCUGUGUCCAGCUGUGAAGAAUGUGAUGAGGAUGAAGGACUGAAAACUAGUGUUGUCUACAAAAUUGGUGACCUUGGUCAUGUGACAAGAGUGAACGAUCCACAGGUGGAGGAGGGUGACAGCAGGUACCUGGCCAAUGAAGUUUUACAAGAGGACUACAGUAAUUUGAUUAAAGCAGACAUCUUUGCCUUGGCUCUGACUGUGGUCAGCGCCUCAGGGGCUGAACCACUGCCCACCAAUGGAGAAAAGUGGCACGAGAUCCGGCAGGGCAAACUCCCUGCCAUCCCCCAGGUGCUUUCUGCAGAGUUCCUCAGUCUUCUCAAGCUAAUGAUCAACCCUGACCCAAUCAAGCGGCCUUCUACCUCUGACCUCAUUAAGCACCCAGUGCUGCUGACUGCUGCCAGAAUGAGUGCAGACCAACUCCGAGUGGAGCUCAAUGCAGAGCGGUUCAAGAAUGCCCUGCUCCAGAAGGAGCUAAAGAAGGCACAGAUGGCCAGGGCUGCAGCAGAGGAGAAGGUUUUGUCAACAGACAGGGUCCUGACCCGCUCCACAAUCCAGUCUAACACCAGAACCUCCAGGCUCAUUGGCAAGAAGAUGAACCGAUCAGUCAGCCUUACCAUCUAUUGAGACUUUAAGCCGCACUGAAGGGUGGAGAACAGAAGGUCUCUUGGAUCUUGACUCUGACAGCUUCAGAUAAAAUGACGAUUUUUUUAAUUGUUUUUUUUUACUGAGGAGAAUCAAAUCAGUUGUGAGGUAUGAGCUUUUCAGCCCAGUCCAAACUGUCCUGAACUGGAACUCAUCUCCAUAUAGACUCUUUACUGUCAACAUAGUAGUUCAGCGCCCUUUCAAAUGGACUUUUCUUUGGAGAAAUGGUCAUCUCCCAAAGGUAGUCAUCAUACCUUUUUACACUGUCAUUUCUCAUUUUGCAUCAUUGUCAAGCUCUCUGUUUCUGUCGUUGGACUUCUUUUCGACAAAGCCUAAGCCCAUUGGUGGCAGAUGGAAGCCAUAGUGGCGCUCUAUUCAGUGUGAAUGUUGUGGCUGUGCGCACCUUAUUGCCUGUCGAAUGCCUAAUGCUGGGUACGAGAGCGCCUGAGAACAGAUGUGCAUGUGUGUGUGUUUGGAAUACAGCACUUUGGAGGCAACAAGUGGAAUAUGCUACAUUUUUAAAGAAAGAAAAAGCUGCUGCUAUUGAUGUUUGUGUUUUUGGGUUUGGUCGGUCUUAAUGGUCGCUCCAUUGUAGAGGUCCUUGACUUUUAUUUUGAAGUAGCAGGAAUCCAUCUGUUUUUGUUUGACCUAUGCAGUGAGCCUGAACAUGUAAGGUUAGACUUGAUCGGUUUUAAUUUUUCAUGUUGAUUGGUGCUGCCAGCCCUUCCUGUAGCAUUAGAACAAUCACUGUCCUGUUCACACCCCCAGAGAAUUGUCUGUAAUUACUGUUGAAGAAUGUGUUCUCAUCUUUUUGUCAUGAUACUCUAACUUUUGUACAUAUGUUCUUUUAUUAAAUUGUUGCUGUCUGCACUGUUCAGUGUAACAUGGUUAUGAAAAA